ACGCCGAGCGUCCCGACUCGCUCGGGAUUCUCGGCUACGGCCGCAGGGAAAAGCCAACGGUCUGGCGCGCCAUGUUGCUCUCCGCGGCGCUCCUGGCCCGGGUGGCCGGCCUCACCGCCCAGUGGGGGUGACAUGGAGCAGCCCAAGUGAAUGCUGUGCAUCACAGCUGAGGAACCUAACUCCAGCUUGCCCAAUCUUUGCCAUGGGGGGAGACAUUCUCUAUAAAAAUCCUUGGAAAGAUAGUCUAGAACAAAAGCUGUUAGGGCCUGCUGUCUUCACUCACAAGAUGUGCAGAAUCUCGAGACCCAUGGAAAAUUGUCUACCAGCACUAUUUUUUCCUCCUUCCCCACUUCAGGGAAGACAUAUAAGAAAUUUGCAUAAGUCAGUUGUGCAAAAUGGAGCUGGAGGAGCCUUAUUUGUGCACAGAGAUACUCCUGAUAAUAACCCAGAUACUCCAUUUGAUUUCACACCAGAAAACUAUAAGAGGAUAGAGGCAAUUGUAAAAAACUAUCCAGAAGGGCACAAAACAGCAGCUGUGCUUCCAGUCCUGGAUUUAGCCCAAAGACAGAAUGGAUGGCUGCCCAUCUCAGCUAUGAACAAGGUUGCAGAAGUUUUACAAGUACCUCCAAUGAGAGUGUAUGAAGUAGCAACUUUUUAUACAAUGUAUAAUCGAAAGCCAGUUGGAAAGUACCACAUUCAAGUCUGCACUACUACACCUUGCAUGCUCCGAAACUCUGACAGUAUCCUGGAGGCCAUUCAGAAAAAGCUUGGAAUAAAGGUCGGGGAGACUACACCUGACAAACUUUUCACUCUUAUAGAGGUGGAAUGUUUAGGGGCCUGUGUAAAUGCACCAAUGGUUCAAAUAAAUGACAAUUACUAUGAGGAUCUGACACCUAAGGAUAUUGAAGAAAUUAUUGAUGAGCUCAAGGCUGGCAAAAAUCCAAAACCUGGGCCAAGGAGUGGACGCUUCUCUUGUGAGCCUGCUGGGGGUCUUACGUCUUUGACUGAACCACCCAAAGGACCUGGCUUUCGUGUGCAAGUGGGUCUUUAAUUUAUAUUCAACUGUAAAAUACGUCACUGAAGAAAUAAAAUAUGAAUCUUGUGUCUACAUAA